AUGGAACUGCAACAUACACGGCAACUGGACAAAGACAACGGAGAGCAGUUGCAUAUGCUCUGGUUCCAGGAAUUAUAUUAUGGCAAACAGGUAACGGCUGUAUGCCCAGAAACAUUACAAAAUCAACUGGCGGUGGGCUAUCUCCUUCUUCUACACCAUAAACGCUGCUCCAGUCUUGAAGGCAUGCAUUGCUCCAAUAUAACUGAUGAAUCAGCCAGUGUAGAGGAUGACAUUCAACAUCUCCAGGAUUUGUUCCUGCGUCCUGCCCGUGCCGGCUUGCACAGUCGUCGUAACUACCCCAACUGGCGCUUCAAACACCCGCUGCUCAAGGAGACACGCCAGCCCCACAGCGAGUCAAGUCCAGUGUCCCAUCUCACUGCUGCCGUCACAGCGAAGCGCUCCUGCCCAGAGCCCAGCGGGGCAGUGGCACCCGCCGUUUUCCAAGGUUGCAUUUCACUGGGAGAACAGAAAGUCCAGGCGUUCAUCGUCACCUGGGUGCUAACCCCAUGUAAGAACCGAGCCAGCAGCCCUCCAUUCAUCCUCCGAAAGGUGCGUGCGUUUCUGGAGGCGGAGGACGGAGUUUGUUCAGGCUCGACUCUUCUGGCACCUGCCCCGCCACAAAACGCACAGCGGCUCUGCAAGUCGAAACAGCUCGUGGACAGAUGCAUAGGUUCACGCAUUUGUAUUGUGAUGAAGAGUGAAGAAGUUGUUGGAACGCUUCUAGGAUUUGAUGACUCUGUAUCCUUAGUGAUAGAAGACGUUACAGAAUUUGAGAUUACACCUGAGGGCAGAAGAAUCACAAAGCUAGACCAGAUUUUGCUAAAUGGAAAUAACAUAACAAUGCUGGUUCCUGGAGGAGAAGGACCUGAAGUAUAAAUUGACACAGUUGUCAUCUGUGAAGACAUGUUACAUAUAUAUAUAUGUAAUCUAAACAGAGGUUUUGGGGUAUGGGUGUGGGUGGGUUUUGACGUGGGUUGUU